UCCGGUGCGCACUUGCUUCGAUUGAAAUUGUCUUAAAUUAGUACACCGAUUAUUUUGGCCCAACCAUGGUAGUGAGGAAGAAGGUUUCGAAGGUGGAAGCCGUUUCCUUGGAUUAUGCUAACCUGGAAGUCCUAAAGGAAUCUCUUUCCGUGGAUGGAGAAGGUGAAGCUUGUCUACUUGCUCAGACCCUGCGGGACUCCCUCUGCCAGACUGACCCAGUCCAGCAAAUACAACUGAUUAAAAAGGCUGGGACCCUGCUGGAGCAGCUGAGAGAGGACUCCCCUCCCCCAGGCGCCCUGCUCCAUGCCUGUCUGGAGACACUCUCCGUCAUGUACACCUCCCUACAGAAUAGGAACCCCCUGAAGAGAGCGGUCGCUAGUGCACUGAACUCAGUGCCAGUUUGGCUCCAGGAAGGGUCUGUUGAUAGCCUGUCCGCGUGUCUGUCAGGCAGUCUGUCCACCCUGGGCCCAGAUCAUUACCCCCACCUCACCGACUGCAUCGCCUCCUGCUUGGACGGCUUCCCCAUUGGUGAGCGCUGUAUUCACAGACUUCUAACAGAGGUGCUGCAGUUUCUUCAAAGGGCAUUGGUGGAAUACCUCCAGAUAAACAGUGGCCUGACUGGUCAGCAUGUCGCUCAGGCCCAGCUCAUGCAGUCUGCCCUGGCUGCGGUCAAGGCCUCCAUGUUGGUGGUACAAAGGUCACAGGAGUUCAUUGGCAUUGCUGUGCAGGAAGCCCAGGCACAGCGCCCCCUCCUGGACGCCCUGUGUGGGCUGCUGCAUUGCCAUUCGCGAAUCCUCACUGAUGAGGAAUUUGUGCAGGCGGCCCAGAGCACGGCAGGAAUGGCGGUUGUCCUGCUGACCCGGAGCAUGCUGGGAAAUUGCGAGCAGGUGGCCGAAGUGUUAGCAGAUUUGUUGCUGAGCCCAGAAGAAGGUGAGGCUGCCCCCGUGUGGCUGAAGGAAAGCUGUGCAGGACUGUACCAGACGGGCCGCCCACCAGCGGUGUCUCUCUACCUGUGUCACGGAGCGCUGGCCAUGCUGACCUGGCAGGGGGGGCUGUUGGGACCCCAGAUGGAAAGGCUCCUGCUGCUGCUCCCCCCAACGCUACUGGCUCUGGACACCAGUGUGAAGGAGUCCAGCACGGCGAUGGUAGUGGCCCGUGUGUUGGCAUUAUGGAGCGGCGCUGCACUGGACAGCCUGCAGGGGGAGCCGUGUUCCCCUGUCCUACAGGAAGCCUUACAAGGGGAAGCGGAUCUCCCCGGCCGCCUGCGGGACCACGUUUACUCCCACUGGGAGCACCCGCUGGAUGGUGUGCGGCACCAGACCCGGACUCUCUUCCGGAAUCUGCUCCGGAUGCACCAGCUCUGCACGGGUGCUGCCAACCUGACCUCUGACCCCUUCGUGGUGCAGCUGACCCAGAGCCUGCUGGGAUUGGAAUGGCACAGCCGGGGGAAGUACGGCUCGCUAGGCUGCCUGGUGGAGUACCUGGGGGCUGGGCACCUCCUGGCCCUUGAGCCCACGCUGCCUGCUCUCCUGCUCUCCCUAAUGGGUGACCAGACCUUGGCGCCCUAUGCCAGCGACCUCCUAGAGAAGCUGUUCAUCAACCACCGGGCAGAGCUCAGCUCGCGGGGGGGGGCGGGGCCGGCCUGGAUGGACUGCUGGCACCGCACCUGGGUGGAGCCCCUACUGGAGAUUUUGUGCCAAGCCAGGCUAGAUCAGACUACCUACAUCCUUGACUACUUCCUGCCCAGGCUUCUGCGAUGCAGUCCAGCCAGCCUGAGUCACAUGGUGCAGGCGCUGCUGGACACUUCUGUCUGCGCGAAAGGUUCCUUUGGCAGCCGGGGGGCACUGGGGGCUUUGAUGACCUGCUUGCGGGCUGCGAGGGCCCAGGGGGUACUCCGGCCCACAGAGGAGAGGCUCUGGGAAGGGAUGGUGCCCCUGCCCCUGCUCCGCCUAGCGGUGGUACACAAACAUGACCAGGUCCGGAUGGAUGCCCUGGGCUUGGUUUGCGAGAGUCACCGCAGCACAGAGACUCUCUCUGCCCCCGAGAUGGACCUUGUCCGCCACUUCCUGCCCCACAACCUCAACAGCCAAUCCCCCGGCGUCAGGCAGCAGACAGUCGGCCUGUUCAAGAAGCUCCUGUGCAGAAUGAAGGACAGUGCCCAGCUGGUGCAGAAGAGGACAGCGCAGAGUCAGGAGGAUGGUGACACGCUGGGUGCUUACCAGGCUUUCCUGCGCUGGCUGUGUGAAACCCUCUUCCAGGCUCUCCACAUCGGGGCUUCCUUCUCCUCCGCCCUGAUGGCCCUUCAGCUCCUGGGCUUGGUGGCAGAGUUCUUCACCUUCUCUACAGAGUCUGGUGGGUUCGCCCUGGGUCGCUCUGUGAGCCACGCCCACGCUCAGGCCGUCCUCCGCUGCCUCGCCAGCAACUUCCUGGAGGUGAAGCAGCUGUCCUCGGCGCUGCUGCGGAAGCUGCCCGCCUCAGCAGUGGGCCUGACGGAGCCACACAGAAUGCGCAUGCUCCUUCGGGUCGCCCUGGACCUCAGCACCAGCACCAAACCCUUCGACAGCGUCACUGCUGCUCAUUUGAUCAACCACAUGGUUCAUCUUGAGGGCAUGCAGGAGGCCCUGGCGCACUGCGCCCAGGAGCAGGGCCUCUCCACCCCGCCGCCUUCUGCUGAUGGGCCCCAGGCUUCAGCGGCCUCCAUUCUGGAGAGGAACACCCUCGCAGUGGUGUGGGUCUUGCUGCGGUGCUUGCAGGCGGAGGUGAUCCAGGCGGAGUCGUCCCUGCUGCAGGCAGCUGCCUCCCGCCCGCUGUACGGACGGGUGCACUGCAUCACCGCCUCCCUGCAGCAACUGGGCACAGGGUCUCUGGUCCUGAUCGCCCAAUGGAGCAGUUUGGUGGUGGAGCUUAUCGCCACAUCCUACCGAAUGUCCGAUGUGGUGUCGCCCGUGGUUCAGAGCUCCUCCCCCGAAGGUCUCAUCCCCAUGGACACAGAUUCUGAAACUACGGCCGGCUUGCAGCGGAUCUUGGAGGAGAUCCAGCCACGAGACUCCAACCUCUUCUUUGCUGGAGCCCGGGAGCUGGACCCACAGAGUGGCACCGGCACCAAGACACCUGCCACUCCAGUGCCCGAGAUGGAUGGCACAGGUGGUGAUGGUGAGGCGUACAGGGUCACUGCCCAGAUGGUGCUGGUGUGCUGCUGGCGCAGUAUGAAGGAGGUGUCCAUGCUGCUGGGGCAGGUGUGCCAGACCAUGCCCCUACAGAGCUCAGAUCCUGGCGUUGACAGCGUCAUUACGGAGGAUCAGGUGGAGGGGGUGGGCCGUUACUUCCGGGGGCAGCUGCUGCAGUCACGACAUCGCGGGGCCUUUGAGCUGGCGUAUGUGGGCUUUGUGCGGCUCACCGACGUGCUGUGCAGGAGAGGCAGCCAGAUCCUGCAGCAGCUGCCUGCCCGCUGGCUGAGGGAGGUCCUAGAGGAGGUGAAGUGCAGUGACCCCUCGUCGAAACUGUGUGCCACGCGGCGCAGUGCCGGAAUUCCAUUCUACAUACAGGCUCUCCUAUCAUCAGAGCCCAAGUCCUCUAGCUGCAGUCUCCUGAAGACCACGAUGAGGGAACUGACGGCCCUGGCCAUGCCCCCCCGUGCCGCUGCCCCCCACGGCAGCCCGGUCCCGCAGGUCCACGCCCUGAACAUCCUGCGGGCUCUGUACCGGGACACACGCCUGGGAGAGAACGUCAUGCCCUUCGUCGCCGAUGGUGUGCAGGCCGCCGUGCUGGGGUUCACCUCGCCGGUCUGGGCGGUACGCAACUCGUCCACCCUGCUCUUCAGCACCCUGAUCACCAGGAUCUUCGGUGUGAAGAGGGGCAAAGACGAGCAUUCUAAGAAAAACAGGAUGACGGGCCGGGAGUUUUUCACACGCUUUCCGGCUCUGUACCCCUUCCUCCUGGGCCAGCUGGAGGAGGCUGCCAUGUCUGUGGAGAGUGACUCCGGAAAAGUCAAAUUGCACCCCAGUCUCUACCUCCUGUUGCUUGUUCUGGGUCGCCUCUACCCCUCCCCCAUGGACGGGUCCUGCUCCCCUCUGGGAUUAGCCACCUUCCUGCCCUUCAUCAUCAAGUGCAGUCGCUCGGCUGUUUAUCGGACGCGCCAGAUGGCGGCCAGGGCCCUAGUGCCUUUUGUCUCGGUGACCCAGAUCCCCUCCACCAUUGGUGCUCUGCUGGAGGACCUCCCUGUGGGGCCUGGGCCCCAAGUGCAGCAGAACCACAUCCAUGGCACCUUGUUGCAGGUCCUUCACCUGUUGAGCUCCUAUCAUGCGGAGGCACAUAGGAGCCAUUCAGAGGCCGGAUGGGGGGGUGACAGUGUUGUCAUCGCCCUCCAACCACGACUGUGGCUGGCCACCAGGACAAACCCUUGUCUGGUUACUCGAGCCUCUCUGCUGGACCUUCUGGGGAGCCUUUGUGCCUGGGAGAGGAGCCCCGCUGACGCUCCUGUGCUGUCCCAGCUCUGCGAGGAGGCGCUCUCCAUCCUGAUGGAGUCUGAGCUCGUCUCCGGCGACGCCCCCUGCCUGCCUUCGGGCCCGGGGGCGGUGCAGUACCUGCUGAGCUUGACACGGCUGGCGGUCAGCGCGGCCUUGGAGAGGCCAGAACUCUGGGGGGUGGGUGAGCGAGGCCCCCAGCUCCUGAGGCGUCUGCUGCAGUGCCCGCAUCAUGAAGUGAGACUGCUGGUGCUGGAGCAGGUCUUGAAGGAGCUGGAGGGCCAGGCGGAGGGAUCCUCUGAAAGACGCCCGGUCUCCACCUUCCUCGAACAGAGUGCCUGCACCCUCACCAGCAUGGCCCUGCAGGAGAAGCACCCCCAGUGUCUGGAAAAGGUGUUGCAGGUGCUGUCCAAGGUGACCCUGACUACUUCUGUUCUGCCGUGGAGGGAUGGCACGUCCGCUCUGACCCACGCCGAGGCUCUGGACCGGCUCCUGGCGCUGGCUGAGGGCUCCGUACACAGCGUCAGUCUCCACUGCGCCGCCCUUGCCCUGACCUCCCAGCUGCUCCUCUGCCUGGCUGAAGGUGGCUUCCAGGCAAGUUCAGACGUGGUGCAGAUAGUGGCUCGCUGGGGGGCCCUAAUGAGCCGCUGCUGUGGUGAGGACCAGCCCAUGGAGGUGAAGCUGGCGGCCGCGGACAUUCUCGUAAACUCCACGCCUGGCAUCCUAGCCAGCGCCGGCCUGCCGCUGGGUCUGAGCAUCACGGUGGCCUUGUGGCGGAGUCUCUUCACCCUGCUGCAGGACGAGGACCGGGCGGUGCGGGACAGGGCGUCCGACUUUGCCACGGCAAUCCCGCGGCACCUCCUAGAUCCGGAAGAGGGCGUCCCUGAUGCUCUGUGCCCACCCGUGGCCCUGGAACUGGGGCUGAAACUUCUUUGUAGGCUGUUUGCGGAGUGGGGGCAGGUGCCAGCGGGGGUCCUCAUCCUCACUGAUUGGCUGCUUGGAGAGGGCGAGCCGGAAGUCAGCCCCGUGAAGACGCCCGGCCUGGACGAAGAAUUCCUGUUUGAGAAGGGGGAGCUGAACCUGUGGGCGGAGCCUCUGAAGUGGGCGUGGCUGCUGCACCGACACCUCUGCCCUCUGCUGCGUGUGGCCGCCAUGGCUGGGGUUGAGCAAGAGCAGCUGGAGGAGCUCCUCGCUCGGGCCGGGGCCUGGUCUGAGGCUUCAGGACGGAUGCUUCAGGCCUUGCCGGCACUGCCCCAGUUCUCCUGCACUGCCGACCACGAGCGGCUCACCGUGACGAACCAGAGGGCCUGUUUUGCUCUGGAGGUGCUUGGAUUACUGCAGCCUGAGCGAAAUGCAUCUUAACAUUUUAUAUUUUUAUCUUUUAAUCCUGUCUCAAAGCUUUACGAACCUAAACCCUGAAUUGUUAUUUUUUUUAGAGACAUUUUUAUACAAUUAUUUUAAUUGAAUUGGAGUAGUUUUAAUCGUUUUCUUUGUAAAUAGAUACCAGGCAGAAAAAAAAAGUUGAGGAAUAAAAAUCUGACUAUCAGU